CAAUACCGCGACGCCAUAUUGCCCUGUUCUCGUGCGUUCACUAUACCACGCGGAUCGAAUUGUGAAAGUGUCGUGUACAUUUCUCAGCAGUGAGAGUAAAAACGAGCGCGCCCAUAGACUACCGAGUCUAAAUAAGUGCUGUGAAAUCUCCUCGCAUACCUAAGACUGGGUUCAAUGGAAGCCAGGUUCGUGACCUGCCGGAGUUUCCAGCAGAUCAAGCCGCCCGAGAAGAGUUUAGCGCCGCCGCCUACUGUAAAAGGGCUGCUAUCUCGCUUCGGAAGCCAGGCUCAAGCUUUAUUCGCGCCGAAGAAGCAGAAAUUCGGUUCAUCGGUCGCUAUACAUAAGUUGCGUGAAACCAAGUGGUUCAAACAUGAAGAGCAAAACAUCUUGUGUGCAGUUCUCGAGUCAGGAUUCGUGUUGGAGGUGCGAGCGGAGGACCCUCUGCCGCCCGACUCUAUUUUGUCCCCGGACUACCAUAUGUACGCCAUUGCCAUGUGGAAGAAGGGUAAAGAAAAAACAAAGAACCCGGAACAGAUAGACGUGUACACAGUCCAACAAAAGGGUGUGCGAAAACGUAUUGUGAAAACAACACUGAGUAACUUCUGGAAGAAAGACUCCGUGAUCAGAAUCAACAACGUUGAUGACAAGCAGGAGACUCCAAACAGUGAAAAGGACAUAAGAGCAAAGCUUGACAUGGCUACAAAGUCCAGGUUCGAGAGAAAUUGGCAUAACACGCUACACUUCGUCCAUUGGUGCCGAUACGGUGAGACGCCGCAAGAAGCUCGAAUGCGACAGAUCAGCUUAACGACGUCGAAAACACCCAUGAUUAUCAUCUUUUGAUGGUAAUUUGAGGCGCUUUGGACAGACAGCUGGCACCAUGUAAUAUUGAUUAGCGAGUCUUUGAAGUGGGGCAACAUUGGUAUGAACAUGGGUGUGAUGCUAGUCAGUCAGAACAACGCACGCCCGAAGGCCAAAUCAGUUUGAUUACAAGACGCCGGCACCGCCGGCACAUGCUACACUUGCUUCUGGCAACCCUCGGCCGGAGAAAUCGAUUUUGUAUAAUCUGUUUAAAAAAAAAAACUGCAAUGACACAUGACAGCUAGACUUUUUUUAAUGACAAUGAGAAAAUACUUUUAGUGUCAAGUUAAAAUUAUCUAUGGUUAAAAUGUUAAAUUAUGAAUUGGUAGAUGUUUAGAGCUUUACCGGCUCGAGGGUUGCAAUAAAAGUACAAUUUUCAGAGGAAUCUCACGCAUUGUUGAAUGAGGUCCAAAUGAUUUUACGUAUAAAAGUUAUUCCUAUAUCGGAACGUUAUCUCUUGGUGUUUCUAUGGAGACAUUACUUCCGAUUCUUUCACAGAUAUCAAUUUCCAAACGAAUAUUAUUUUCUUAUUUUUUUAAUUGCUCAAUUAUUGUGAAUUCCUAUUAUGUGAGGGCAGUUAAAUCUCACUUAAAAUUGACAGUGAAAACAUUCCUGAAUUAAGUCGUACCCCACGGCGUAUAUUGUAGGUAGCGAUAGAUUCUUCAAUAAUUAAUGAUAAUUCAACUCGUUCUAAGUGAUAAACGUUCAAAUCAUAAUUAAUUGUUGUUGCGAUUAUAACAAAAUUAUAUGAUGUUAAAGACUGUGGAUUAUCUGUGAAAAUUUUAAAUGUGUAUCCGAACGAAAAAACAUGGCGGCUUAUUCCAUUUUUGAAUUCCGUAAAUGUCUAACGUUAUUUUAAAAAUUGGAUUGUAACUUUUUCAAAUUGAAUGAAUGGUUUUAAUAUAAUAAAAUAAGUGGAUAGUUACUUAAUGAAUAAAACUUAAAAAUAUAUAUUCCAAACAAUGUAAAGUACAUUAAAUUGAAAAUAAUAGAAGUAAAAGUCGCUUAGUUUUUAGUGUUCGGUUGUUACAAAAGUAUUGUUAAGUAUUCCUAUUUAUAAUGUUACGACUUAAUGAUGAGCGUUCGACUGUUAUUGUGAGUAUGUAUUUUACUCGUAUGUUUAAUGUGCUAUUUAUAUUGUUCAGCAUUUUUAUAAAUAAAUAGAUUAUUAAACA